GGAGAUCAAAGCUGGCGUGAAGGUGCCAUCACUGAAACUGCCCUGCCCAUGAGCCAGGACAUACCAGAGAAGUCCCGGGAAUUAGAGAAAGAAGAGGAAAUGAGACGGAAAGCGAGCAGGCAUCUGCUCGCUCUCAGAAAUAAAGAAGAGCCUGGUGUCUAUUAUCCGUGCGCGGUGGAGCCCCGGCGGCGUCCCCAGACACACAAGUCAACGUCACCCCGCCCCGCCUCGCCUUCCCUCCCUCGGCUCCGUACGGUCCCUGCGCCCCCGCAGCUGAACGCGGGGCACCGCCGGCGGCGAGAGCUCAUUGGUCACCUGGGCGAAGAGAUGUGGAAGUCCAUCCAGGUCUCUCUCCAAAGUAUUACUCCUGAGCUGCAAGCCAGAAGACCACGCUAUUUGCUCACUUUGGGAGCAGAGAACCUUUCCUCACUCAGGUUUGGAUACAGUUUUCCAUUUCCUGGGAAGAUCUGCAGUCUCUGAGGAUUCAGGACCAGGAAAGAAGAGCUCAGGAUGAAGGUGAAAGGCAGGGGAAUCACUAACUUACUGGUCUCCUUUGCUGGGAUCUGCCUGGUGGCUGCCCCCGGGGGCAGGGCCUGUCCUCGCCGCUGUGCCUGUUACGUGCCUACAGAGGUGCACUGCACGUUUCGGUACCUGACGUCCAUCCCUGACAGCAUCCCACCCAAUGUGGAACGUAUCAACUUAGGGUAUAACAGUUUGGUUAGAUUGAUGGAAACGGAUUUUUCUGGUCUGAACAAGUUGGAGCUACUAAUGCUUCACAGCAAUGGCAUCCACACAAUCCCUGCUAAGACCUUCUCUGACUUGCAGGCCUUGCAGGUAUUAAAAAUGAGCUAUAACAAAGUUCGAAAACUUCAGAAGGACACUUUUUAUGGUCUCAGGAGCUUAACACGGUUGCAUAUGGAUCACAACAAUAUUGAAUUUAUAAACCCAGAGGUUUUUUAUGGACUCACCUCUCUCCGACUGGUACAGUUGGAAGGAAACCAGCUCACUAAGCUCCAUCCAGAUACAUUUGUCUCUUUACGUUACCUCCGGAUAUUUAAAACAUCUUUCAUUAAGUACUUAUACUUGUCUGAUAACUUUCUGAGCUCCCUCCCUCAAGAGGUGGUCUCCUAUAUGCCUGACCUGGAAAGCCUUUAUCUUCAUGGGAAUCCCUGGACCUGCGACUGUCAUUUGAAAUGGUUGUCUGACUGGAUACAGGAGAAGCCAGACAUAAUAAAAUGCAAAAAAGACAGAAGUCCCUCAAAUCCUCAGCAGUGUCCACUUUGCAUGAACCCCGGGACCUCUAAAGGGAAGCCCCUGGUUAUAGUCCCAGCUGCAGCCUUCCUGUGUACCAAGCCAACCAUUGACCCCUCCCUGAAACUGAAGAGCCUGACUGUUUCGGAAGACAGCAGUUCUGUGUCCAUCUCUCCCCAAGAUUUCAUGGCACCCUUCGGCUCCCUCACUUUGAAUAUGACAGACCAGUCUGGAAAUGAAGCUAACAUGGUCUGCAGUAUCCCAAAACCCUCAAUGACAUCAUCCACUGUAUUCACUGAAGAAAAUGACCACAUCGUGCUAAAUGCAUCAUUUGCAACAUUUCUGGCAUGUCACCUAGAUUACAGUCACAUUCAGCCAGUGUGGCAAGUUCUGGCUUUGUACAGUGACUCUCCUCUGAUACUAGAAAGGAGCCACUUGCUCACUGAAACCCCACAACUCUGCUACAAAUACAAACAGGUGGUACUGAAGCCUGAAAACAUCUUCACCAAUAUAGAGGCUGAUCUCAGAGCAGAUCCCCCUUGGUUAAUGCAAGACCAAAUCUCCUUGCAGCUAAACAGAACUGCCACCACACUCGGUACAUUGCAGAUCCAGUACUCGAGCAAUGCUCACAUCACUUUACCGAGGGAAGAGAUGAGGCCAGAGAAACAUAAGUGGACCAUGAUUUCCAGGGAUAACAGUACUAAGCUGGAACACACUGUUUUGGUUGGUGGGACCAUUGACCUAGACUGCCCAGGCCAAGGAGACCCUCCCCCACAUUUGGAGUGGCUUCUGGCUGAUGGAAGUAAAGUGAGAGCCCCGUAUGUUAGUGAGGAUGGGCGGAUCCUGAUAGACAAAAGUGGAAAACUGGAACUCCAGAUGGCUGAUAGUUUUGACACAGGCGUGUACCACUGCAUAAGCACCAAUUACAAUGACGCAGACAUCCUCACCUACAGGAUUACUGUGGUAGAGCCCUACAUAGAAGCUGAUCAGGAAAAUGGGGCUCACCAUACAGUCUUCAUUGGUGAAACACUUGACCUUCCAUGCCAUUCUACUGGUACCCCAGAUGCCUCUGUUAGCUGGGUUCUUCCCGGAAACACUGUGCUCCACCAGUCCACAAGAGAUAAACAAGUUCUUCACAAUGGCACACUAAAAAUACCACAGGUCAGUCAGAAAGAUCAGGGUUAUUAUUGGUGUGUAGCAGCCAACCCAUCGGGGGUUGAUUUUUUAAUUAACCAAGUUUCAGUCAAAACAAAAGGUCAAAGGCCAGUGGAGCAUAAUACAGAAAUAGAUGGAUCUGGACUUGAUGAGCCCAGUCCCACUGCUCAGCUUAAGGACCCACCUGCUGCACAGCUCCCCACAUCUUCUCCAACGGGAGCUGAGGCUGGAAAACAAAUCUUGAAUGCAAAUAAGAAGUAUAAACAUAGGGUGUUAACACACCAGCGGCGUGGACAGUCAGCCAGCCAACAUUUCAGGGAGCACAGGAGGCAGUUCCCUCCCUCUGCCCGGAAAGUUGACCCACAGCACUGGGCAGCACUUUUGGAGAAAGCUAAAAAGACCACCACGCCAGAGAAGGGAGAAAGUACCACAGCAAAGCCAUCUCCACCAAUCACCCAACUCCUGGAAAUACCUGCUGAGGAAGUAGACUCCUCAGGCAUGCUCCUUCCAGAUGAGGAAGCUACGGUCCUGGCAACAAAAACUCCCAACAUUGUAGCAAGGACAGUGACCGCUGAUUCCAGAAAAUUACCUGAUAGCCCCAUGACAAGUGCUGGCCCCGAAGUCUCCCCAGUUGUGAGUCCCCAGAUACUACCACCUGAAAACCCGACAGAUUUCAGACCAUCUACUACUAUUAAAACUAGAGCCAUGUCCAACAAGAUAAACCCAACCACAUCAAGCAAAAUGCAAGGCACAGCCAGCCAGAAUUUGUCUACUGUCUUUGCUCUACGAUCUGAAGCAACUCAGUUUCAGAAUGUUGAUUAUGUGGGGACAAAAGAGCAUUUGCAGAGUGCACCCCCAGUAACUGGGGGGGCUACGAUCAAAGAUGUCCAUAUCAAAAUGCUUACUAGUGCUAACAGCAAAGCUGACAUAUUUUUAGCGUCAUUCAAUGCCACGAACAGUCAUCAGACAUCUGUACCAAGAGUCGGCAAACCCAGGAGCAAUCACUCCCAUUCUCACAUUACUCAAAAACUUAGCAUCUCUAAGCUCCCUUCGGGCCCAUACACUGCUGCUCAUUCUCAGUUACAGAUUCCUAGAAAUAGUACAAUUAAUAUGCAACUGUCCAGACGCUUUGGAAGACGGAGGAGAAUUUGGAACAGGGGGCGAAUUAUCAGCCCAUAUAGAACUCCGAUUCUCCGACAGCAUAGAUACAGCUUUGUGAGGCCAACACUGAGAGGUUCUUCUGAAGAAAAGACUACUGCACUUUCAGCCACCGAGCUCAAUGUGGGAUGCCCAUCCUGCUCUCCCCGAGAGGGACUCACCACUCUUGCAGCAGCACUGCCUUUUCCAAGUUCUCCCCCCAUCACCCUCCCCAAAGCAGAAAUUGCCAGAGUCACAGCAGAAGAAUCUACAACUCCAGUCCACAAUCCAUCAUUACUAUCUGAGAACAAACCAAAUGUAGGUGUUGAGAAAACAACACCCACAAUAAAAUAUUUCAGCGCUGAAAGCACCCAAGUGACUCCAACUAGUGCAGUCAUGACUCGUGCCCCAACAGCCAGAUCUAUGGAAAAAAUUCGUAUGACAAAUACUAGUUACCCAAGCGAGUCUAACACGAGUGAAGCUAAAAGAGACUCAGUGAUUGUAUCGCCACUUCCAGGUCCCACCAUCAAGCCACCUUUGCCUACUACUAUAGCUGUUACAAGAUUUUUAAGAAGAAAAAUUCCCUGGUAUCAGAUAUUUGUAAAUAACCGUAUCCAAAAAGAAAAGCUAAAGAAUCAGCAUAAAUUCGGUUCCCAAAAAAGCACAGACACGGUGCUUCCUAAAAUAGCUCCUGCUUUACCCACAGAUAAAGUUUCCGCCUUCCAUUCCACAACACUCUCAGCAAGUGUGAUGCAAAGUCCACCCAUGACAUCAGCUGCAACUCAUCACAGUACCACUAAAACACACAGUCCUGGGGGAAGCCGAACAGCAAAGGAGCUGCCCUUCCUACCCAGUUACCCUGCCUUAAGUGAAGAAUCAAGUACAAAUUUCCUAUCAAUGCAAACAGCCACACUGACAACUGGUCCUACCACCCCAGCAUCUGUCAUUAUCAACAAAACCCAAAUAGCCAGACCCAGAGCACAAAAAGGACAAGGGGAAAAGGAGCCUCUGAAGAACUGGAAUGACCCAAACACCUCUCCCAGUCAGACUUCUGGGUUCAUUACAUCCACCACUGUGACACCUCCUGUUCUAACCGCAGCUGAAACUUCAACCAAGCCCACUGUGUCUUUUACUCAUUCCCCUGUAGACAACAUAAAAGAAAUGUUAAGCACAAUAGGUCUUCAUCCGAGACCCUUUAAUCUGACAGGUGUAAUUGAAGAACCACCCCAGGAAAGUACUCAGACUUUGAAGAGCACAGCUGCUUCUGAAACCACUUUGUCCAGCAAACCACACCAAAGUACCACGACUAUCAUCAGACGUGCAUCCACGCCACCAUUCCUAAGCGCCAGUGCCACUUCAGUGCCAAUUCCCACCUCCCCUCCCUUGAGUAACCAAAGUCAAGUUACUGACAAUCUGACAACUCCCAUUUUCAGGAUGAGGAUAAGUACAAUGGUUGAGCCACAUGAAUCUUCAAGGCACAAUGCUAAUCCACAGCAGUCAGCAGCAGCAUCUCCCAAAACUCACCCAGAUGCCACACUCACCAUUGGAACCACCCACGUCAUUGACUCCAUUCUGUUACAUUCUACUCCUAUGCCGGCACUAAUAACAGUUAAACCACAGAAUUCUAAAUUGACUCCCUCUCUCUGGUCAGAAAACCACUUUUGGCGCAAGUCACACCCAGAAAUUGCCGGAAAAGGCAAAAAGCCAGUUGUGAGCGUACUGCCUGCUCCAGGUUUGCCAGAGGACACCACUCAUGCAUCAAAUUGGGAUAUACAGAAGAAUGCAAAGGAAAGUACCUUUGAUAAGACACCAGUUCAAAAAACAACAACUUCCGAACUCCUUCCCCUUGAGUCUUUGUCUAGGGAUAUAUUUGAAAGGCCCAGGAUCAUUGGAGGAAAAGCAGCAAGUUUUACUGUUCCUGCUAACUCAGAUGCCUUUCUUCCUUGUGAGGCUGUUGGAAACCCCAAGCCUACUAUCCACUGGACCAGAGUCUCAUCAGGACUUGAUUUGUCUAAAAGGAAACAGAAUAGCAGGUUCCAGGUGCUCCCCAAUGGCACCCUGUCCAUACAGAGGGUGGACAUUCAGGACCGUGGACAGUACCUGUGCUCAGCAUCCAAUCCUUUUGGCACAGAUCGCCUGCAUGUCACCUUGUCCGUGGUUUCCUAUCCCCCCAGAAUCCUGGAGAGACGUACUAAAGACAUCACAGUCCAUUCUGGAAGCACGGUGGAACUGAAGUGCAGGGCUGAAGGUAGGCCGAGCCCUACGAUUUCCUGGAUUCUUGCAAACCAAACAGUGGUCUCUGAAUCAUCCGAGGGGAAUCGGCAGGCCCUGGUGACAUCUGAUGGAACGCUGCUCAUCCACUUCAUCAGCAUUUACGACCGGGGCUUCUACAAGUGCGUGGCCAGCAACCCGGUGGGCCAGGACGCACUGCUGGUUAAAAUACAAGUCGUUGCAGCCCCGCCUGUUAUUCUGGAGCAAAAGAGGCAAGUUGUUGCAGGGACCUGGGGUGGAAGCUUGAAACUGCCCUGUACUGCAAAAGGAACUCCUCCGCCCGCCGUUCACUGGGUCCUCUCCGAUGGCACUGAGGUGAGACCAUUACAAUUGAUCGAUUCCAAGUUCUUAUUUUCAAAUGGGACUCUGUUUAUAAGAAAUGUAGCCUCUUCAGACAGGGGCACUUACGAAUGCAUUGCUACCAGCUCCACUGGUUCGGAAAGAAGAGUGGUAAUUCUUACAGUGGAGGAGCGAGAGACCAUCCCCAGGAUAGAAUUUGCAUCCCAGAAAUGGACGGAGGUGAAUUUAGGGGACAAAUUACUACUGAACUGCUCAGCCACCGGGGAACCAAAACCAAAAAUAAUCUGGAGGCUACCAUCUAAGGCCGUCGUCGACCAGUGGCACAGAAUGGGCAGCCGAAUCCGUGUCUACCCGAAUGGAUCCCUGUCUAUUGGAUCAGUGACAGAAAAAGAUGGUGGGGAUUACUUGUGUGUGGCAAGAAACAAAAUGGGGGAUGAUCUGAUCCUGAUGCACGUCAGCCUAAGACGGAAACCUGCCAAAAUUGACCACAAGCAACAUUUUAAAAAGCAAGUGUUUCACGGGAAAGACUUCCAAGUCGAUUGCAAGGCUUCUGGCUCACCAGUGCCCGAGAUAUCCUGGAGUUUGCCCGAUGGGACGAUGAUCAACAACGCCAUGCAGGCUGACGACAGUGGCCACAGGACCAGAAGGUUCACACUCUUUGACAAUGGAACCUUAUACUUCAACAGAGUUGGGAUGGCAGAAGAAGGAGAUUACACUUGCUAUGCCCAGAACACGCUAGGGAAGGACGAGAUGAAAGUCCACUUAACGGUAGUAACAGCUGCCCCACGGAUCCAGCAGGGUCACAAGACCAGCGCGAGAGUCAGGGCUGGAGACACAGCCGUCUUUGACUGUGAGGUCACUGGGGAGCCCAAGCCAAAAAUAUUCUGGUUGCUGCCUUCCAAUGACAUGAUUUCAUUCUCCAGAGAUAGGUACACGUUUCACAUCAACGGGUCUUUGUCCAUCAACAAAGUGAAACUGCUCGAUUCUGGAGAGUAUGUCUGUGUGGCCCGAAAUCCUGGUGGGGAUGACACCAAAAUGUACAAACUAGACGUAGUCGCCAAGCCUCCAUUAAUCAAUGGUCUGUAUACAAACAAAACUGUCAUUAAAGCCACGGCUGUGAGGCAUUCUAAGAAACACUUUGACUGCAGAGCCGAAGGGACACCGUCUCCUCAAAUCAUGUGGAUCAUGCCAGACAAUAUUUUCCUCACGGCUCCAUACUACGGAAGCAGAAUCACAGUCCAUAACAAUGGAACCUUGGAAAUUAGGAAUGUGAGGCUUUCGGAUUCAGCCGAGUUUAUCUGUGUGGCUCGGAACGAAGGCGGAGAGAGUGUGCUAGUGGUACAGUUAGAAGUACUGGAAAUGCUGAGAAGACCGACCUUCAGAAAUCCAUUUAACGAAAAAAUAGUUGCCCCGCUUGGAAAGGCCACAGCGUUGAAUUGCUCUGUUGAUGGAAACCCACCACCUGAAAUAAUCUGGAUUUUACCAAAUGGCACACAGUUUUCCAAUGGACCACAAAAUUCUCAGCAUCUGAUAGCAAGCAACGGGUCACUUAUCAUUUAUAAAACAAGUCGGGACGACGCAGGAAAGUACCGGUGUGCAGCCAGAAAUAAAGUUGGCUACAUUGAGAAGCUAAUCAUAUUGGAAAUUGGCCAGAAGCCAGUUAUUCUCACUUACACACGAGGAACAGUUUACUGUAUCAGUGGAGACGCUGUAUCAUUGCACUGCGUCGCUGAUGGAAGCCCCAAGCCAAAUAUCAAAUGGACUGUACCAAGUAGCUACGUAAUAGACAGGCCUCAAAUUAAUGGCAAAUACAUACUGCAUGAAAACGGCACAUUAGUCAUCAAAGACGCAACAGCUUAUGACAGAGGAAACUAUAUUUGUAAAGCUCAAAAUAGUGUUGGCCAUGCACUGAUUACUGUUCCAGUAAUGGUUGUCGCCUACCCUCCGCGAAUUACAAAUCGCCUACCCAGGAGCAUCCUCACAAGGACAGGAGUGGCUGUUCAGCUCCACUGUGUGGCUCUGGGAGUCCCCAAGCCUGAAAUCACUUGGGAGAUGCCUGACCACUCCCCGUUCUCAGCGGCAAACAAAGUGAGGACACACGGAAUUCCGUCUUUUCCCCCACAAGGUACUCUAGUCAUUCAAAACCCACAAACCUCGGAUUCAGGGAUAUACAAAUGCACAGCAAAGAAUUCACUUGGAAGUGAUUAUGCAACAACGUAUAUUCAAGUCAUCUGACUUAAAACUGCUUGAAAAAAGCCAACAUCUGUACAGAAUUGAUUUUUUGGAAGAAGUUUAAUCAAAGGCAGCCAUAGGCAUGUAAAUGAAUUUGAAUACAUUUAUAAUAUUAAAUUUAUAAUAGACAUGCAAAAAAAAAACAGGACUUGUAAAUAAAUGCAUUAUGAACUGAUACUGAUUUUUUUUAAUGGAUCUCAAAACAAACUUUUAACUUAAGGCACUUUUAUUUUGCCAACAAAUAACAACGAACAUUAAGAGAAAACUAUUAACCAUAAAAUAACAAGUGGCUAAUGUACCUGAAUUCUUCAGUAAAGAACGGACUGUUUUUUCUUUCACUAGCAUUUGCCUAGUGUCCACCUUCUAUCAGUGUAACAGGCAUGGCACUGGGGACAGACACAAUGGAAGAGAUUAAAUUUGCAGUCUUGAUGUAUAAAUAUUGUGGUUGGCUUAUAAAUAUUUUACUAAAACCCACAGAAAAUAAGCACUGAACUGUUUCGAUUAUGAGUCACCAUUUUGUGCACACUGAAAACUUUCACUGAUGGGGAAUACAAAAAUGUUUCAGUAACUGCAUUUGAAGAUAAAUGCAGGCUGACUUUCCACGUGGCAAAAGCAGCUUAACACCUGCACAUCAUAAAACAUGAAAAGGGACUGACAACGUCUUUACCCAAAUAAACCAACUGAAAAGGUUUCUAAAGUACAGUGAAACGUCUUUGUAACUUCAAAAUCAAGCACAGGAAUCCCUGGUUUGGAACUGUUUAUAAGGAAAAUUUUCUGAGGAGGAAGCAUUGCUUUAUGAGCAUUUAUUCCAUUAAGUGAUAAUCCUUUAUGUGACGGGGAAAUGUUUGGGAAAACCUAGAUUUAAUACAUACAGUGGAGUUUUACAGUACUUAAAUUUUUAAAUUUGAUCAAGCCUACACAAAAAUGUUGCUUUUUGUAAUUCACUGAAUUUAUAUUACAUGCUUAACUCAACUGGAAUUAAUUUGGGGGAUAUCAUGAUGCAUCUUUUAUAAUUCUAGAGGCUAAGAUUUUCCAGUGUAAUUUCUCCAGCAUCUAUACAACUAUUUGCCUAUUAUUAGAAUCAUAGGAACCUUAAUAAGUGAAAAUGAAGAAGAAAAUGUCAUAGGUCUUGGUCAGCUGUCUCAGCACACAAAACCAAGAGCUUCAUUUGAGAUAAACUGGGCAGGGGGUGGUCCACCUCAUUGUGUUUCCAUCACACACCAACUUUCAGCUCGCCCCACCUAAGAGGUGACUUGAUUGCUACUUUCUCUGCUGUUGGUAUCCUGUGGCCACAGGAGGUCAAAGGACACUCGUUCUAACAGUGAUCUCAUUCUACUUCCAGGCCAACAGGAAUAAAUACGAAGACUAAUGUAACCCUAUACGGAAGAAGCCUACAGUGUAAACAGGUAUAGAUCUAAGUGCCUCUUAAGUCCAACUUUAUUCUAUUUCAAAGUCUUAUCUCUAAAGGGACCUGGGAUCUCCACCUUAUCUGGAAAUAAUCUAUCUCACCAAGCAAAUUACCAGGUUUGGCCAAAGGGCAGGGCUUUCCUUUGUGAUCAUUUUAAUGCAAAUUAAUGCAUAUUCUUAAAAAAAA